AUGAAAGCCAAUAGCACUGGCUCUAGGGCUGCUAGGAUAGCAAUUCAUUCACAUAUUCAAGGUUUAGGACUUGAUGAAGAUGGGUUUGCAAAAGAAGAUCUUCAGGGUUUUAUUGGUCAAAGAGGAGCGCGUGAGGCAUGUGGACUUGUACUAGAACUAAUUCGUAGUCGUAGAUUCUCGGGUAGAGCUUUACUUUUAGCAGGUGGACCCGGUACAGGAAAGACAGCAUUAGCAUUAGCAAUGGCACAAGAACUUGGACCUAAAGUUCCAUUCUGUCCAAUGGUCGGUAGUGAAGUUUAUAGUAAUGAAGUUAAAAAGACGGAAGUUUUAAUGGAAAACUUUCGUCGAGCAAUUGGCUUAAGGGUGAAGGAAACUAAAGAAGUUUAUGAAGGAGAAGUUACUGAACUUACACCAGCUGAAACCGAGAAUCCACUUUCGGGAUACGGGAAAACGAUCUCUCAUGUGGUUGUCUCCUUAAAGACUGCAAAGGGUACCAAACAACUUCGACUGGAUCCUAGUAUCUUUGAUAGUAUUCAAAAAGAAAGGGUCACCAUUGGAGACGUAAUCUAUAUCGAAGCCAAUACAGGUGCUGUCAAGCGUGUUGGAAGAUCAGAUGCGUAUGCUACCGAAUUUGAUUUAGAAGCCGAAGAAUACGUACCACUUCCAAAAGGUGAAGUACAUAAGAAAAAAGAAGUCGUCCAAGAUGUCACACUACAUGAUUUAGAUAUGGCUAAUGCAAGACCACAAGGAGGUCAAGAUAUCAUGAGUGUGAUGGGACAAAUCGUUAAAGGUCGUCGAACUGAAGUCACGGAUAAAUUAAGGGGUGAAAUUAAUAAAGUGGUGGAUAAGUAUAUUGCUCAAGGGAUUGCUGAAUUGGUUCCUGGUGUAUUGUUUAUUGAUGAGGUUCAUAUGCUUGAUAUCGAGUCAUUUACAUAUCUUAAUCGUGCUUUGGAAUCAACAAUCUCACCACACGUCAUCUUAGCUACAAAUCGAGGUCUUUGUACAAUAAGAGGUACUGAAAGUGAACCUGGAUCAGGUUAUUUGGGUGGUGAAGGUAUUGUUGCACCUCAUGGUAUACCGAUCGAUUUAUUGGAUCGAUGUAUGAUUGUGAGAACAGUACCUUACAAUCGAGAAGAAAUCAAAACAGUUUUAGGUUUAAGAGCCAAAGUUGAAAAUCUUAAAGUUAGCGAAGCUGCUUUGGAAAAACUGACAGAUCGUGGUUUGGCUACUUCCUUAAGAUAUGCAUUACAACUUUUGACACCUAGUGCGAUUCUUAGUUCUGUGGCUGGUGAAACUGAUAUUCGAAUGGAAGAUGUGGGUGAAACUGAUGAAUUAUUCCAAGAUGCUAAAUCUUCUGCUCGAAUGUUGGCUGGUCUUGAAGGUCAAUAUAUGCGGUGA